CGCGGGCUGGCGGGCCCGCAGCGGCGCGGCGUCCGGGGCUGCGCGACGGGCUGAGGGCCAUGGCCGCCUCUCCGGGCCCGGCCGGCGGGGGCGGCGCCGGGGCAGCGCACGGCUCCGGCCCGUCGGGGUUUGCCUUCGACUCCGGACUCGAGAUCAAAACGCGCUCGGUAGAACAGACGCUGCUCCCGUUGGUUUCUCAGAUCACCACACUUAUUAACCAUAAAGAUAAUACCAAAAAGUCUGAUAAAACUCUGCAAGCAAUUCAGCGUGUAGGACAAGCCGUCAACUUGGCGGUUGGAAGAUUUGUUAAAGUAGGGGAAGCUAUAGCCAAUGAAAACUGGGACUUGAAAGAAGAAAUAAAUAUUGCCUGUAUUGAAGCUAAACAAGCAGGAGAAACAAUUGCAGCACUUACAGAUAUGAGCAGCUUGAAUCAUCCAGAAUCUGAUGGCCAGAUCACAGUUUUUACAGAUAAAACAGGAGUUAUAAAGGCUGCAAGAUUACUUCUUUCUUCAGUGACAAAAGUAUUAUUGCUCGCUGACCGAGUAGUCAUUAAGCAGAUAAUAAGAUCAAGAAAUAAGGUUCUUGCAACUAUGGAAAGACUAGAGAAAGUGAACAGCUUUCAAGAGUUUGUCCAAAUAUUCAGCCAAUUUGGAAAUGAAAUGGUGGAGUUUGCACAUCUAACUGGAGAUAGACAAAAUGAUUUGAAAGAUGAAAAGAAAAAGGCAAAAAUGGCAGCAGCUAGGGCAGUUCUCGAAAAGUGUACAAUGAUGCUUCUCACAGCUUCAAAGACAUGCCUCAGGCAUCCCAACUGUGAAUCAGCCCAUAAAAACAAAGAAGGAGUAUUUGACAGAAUGAAGGUGGCACUGGAUAAAGUAAUUGAAAUUGUGACCGAGUGCAAACCAAAUGGAGAGACUGACAUUUCAUCUAUCAGUAUUUUUAUUGGAAUUAAGGAAUUCAAGAUGAAUAUUGAAGCUCUUCGGGAGAAUCUUUAUUUUCAGUCAAAAGAGACUCUCUCUGCGAUGUUGGAAGCCCUCUUGGAGCGCACAGAGGACUUUACUGAUUGUGCCUACACCAGCCAUGAGCACAGGGAACGCAUCUUGGAACUGUCCGCUCAGGCGAGGAUGGAACUGCAGCAGUUAAUUUCUGUGUGGAUUCAAGCCCAAAGCAAGAAAACAAAAGACAUCGAUGAAGAACUGGAACUCACUAUAUUGAAAAUCAGUCACAGCCUCAAUGAACUUAAGAAAGAACUUCAUAGUACAGCAGCUCAGCUGGCAGCAGAUCUGUUAAAAUACCAUGCUGAUCAUGUGGUUCUAAAAGCAUUAAAACUUACUGGAGUAGAAGGAAAUUUAGAAGGUUUGGCUGAAUAUGCCUGCAAACUCUCUGAACAGAAAGAGCGGCUUGUUGAGACCUGUCGGCUGUUGAGACAUGUAUCUGGGACAGAACCUCUUGAAAUAACCUGUAUACAUGCAGAGGAGACAUUUCAGGUGACUGGCCAGCAGAUAAUUUCUGCUGCUGAAACUUUGACAUUGCACCCAUCUAGUAAAAUUGCUAAAGAAAAUCUAGAUGUAUUCUGUGAAGCCUGGGAAUCCCAAAUUAGUGACAUGUCAACACUGCUGAGAGAAAUCAAUGAUGUGUUUGAAGGAAGACGAGGAGAGAAGUAUGGCUACCUUUCACUUCCAAAGCCAAUGAAGAAUAAUGCAAACCUGAAAUCCUUAAAGCCAGACAAGCCUGACUCUGAGGAGCAAGCCAAGAUAGCAAAGCUUGGACUCAAGCUGGGUUUGCUCACCUCUGAUGCCAACUGCGAGAUUGAGAAGUGGGAGGAUCAGGAGAAUGAGAUUGUUCGAUAUGGACGGAACAUGUCCAGUAUGGCCUAUUCUCUGUAUUUAUUUACCAGGGGAGAGGGGCCAAUAAAAACUUCCCAGGAUUUAAUUCAUCAACUAGAGUUUCCUUUGGCAUUCCCAUGUGCUUUCACCUGAGCCUCUUCAGGAAAGGGAUUUCGGCUUGAGAGGAUGCUUGUCAACUGAGUCAGAAGAAUUAUAGAAAAUAUUUCAUUUGGAAUUUUCUAUAAAGUCGACCAUAAGUGAGCUAUUUCCCUUGUAAAAAGUUAGAAUAAAUUCUGGAUUCAUUCUGUUCAGUCUGACCCACAUCUAUUCCAGGUCACACCACCCCAUAGAGGGUAUUUCACUGCAAAAGAUCCACUACUCACCUUCUUCCUGUGUUAGCUUAUUCAUUAAACCAACAUCUGCUGAAUUGGCGACAUAAAAUGUUCAUCAAAUAUUCAUUGAGAUUGUACUGUGUGUCAGAUCCUGGGGAUAAGAGCUCUGUGGAGAAGAGUGAAGGAAAGAAAGCCCCUACCCCAUGGAGCUUACAUUCUAGUGGGAGCAAAUAGACAAUAAAAAGUUAAGUAUGUAAUGUCCAUAUAUAAGUACUGAGAGAGAAAAUCCUGUAGGAUAAGAAGAGAGGUGGCCAGAAAAGACAGCUUUAAGGAGGUAACAUUUGAGUAGAGUGUUGAGAGAGUGAGCGGAUGGAUCCCUUGGGGUAGAAUCUUUCAGGCAGACAGAACAAGUGCAAAGGCCCUGAGGUUUAGGGAUAGGCUGGAGGUGUCUGAAGAACAAAAGGAGACAAGCGUAGGUGGAAUGGAGUGAGCCAGGAGCAAGGUGGUAACACAUGACAUCUCUGAGCCAUGGGAAGAACCUUGAAAUUUGUUCAAGUAUGAUGGAAAACCCACUGAGGGUUUUGAGGAGCAGUGGCAUGACCUGACUUCUGUUUCAAAAGGUUUUUGGCUUGACCAACAGGGUAAAUAGUAGUACCAUUUACUGAGAGAGGGAACAGAGGGACAAUACUGGAUUUAGAGGGUGGAAAUCAAGUAUUUUGUUUUGCUGAAGUAGGAUGUACAAGAGUGGUGUCAGGAUAGAUGAAGAAUGGAGAGAGAGAUUUGGGAGUCAUCAGCUUUAAGGUGAUUUUAAAACCAUGAUACUCGUAAGACAGGGAUCUUGCCCCCAAGAGGUCUGCAGGCUAGAGGGGAAGAGAAGGUGGGUACAAGAGAAAGUGGGAAUGUGGAAUGAUGAGGAACAGGUGCGUAUGUGAGUCAUUCUGUUCGGUUAGAAGGGAGGU